AUGUCAUGGUCAAACCGCACUCUAACCACUGACCAGCAGUGCUCCGACUGCUGGCUCGGUGGCCUUGCCUUGGAACUGGCUAGUCCCUUUGGCUACGAUGACGUCCUUGCAAGCAACUAUGCAUCCUUGACCUCCAGCUGUAACGCCACCGCGUACACAUACACCACUCCCACACAGUACGCAAUCAAUGCGACUGCAACAACCAUCCCAACAAGUGUGACAGCAACCCUUGCGCCGACUUGCACUGGUUCCUAUGCAGUUGGAGCUGAUGAUGACUGUAACUCAGUGGCACUAGCCUGGAAUGUGUCCACGUACAGUCUGCUCUAUAUGAACAACCUGGAUCUCUACUGCCAGAACUGGGCCAGCGUUUUGAAUUCAACCCUGUGUAUCCCACCACAGUGUGAAACCUACAUUUGGCAAAUGCAAGACUCCUGUGACAGCGUUGUCAGUGGGCUUGCCAACGUAACUGUUCCGCAAUUCCUUGCAUGGAACCCGAACUUCAAUUCCCUCUGUCAGAACGCAGUGAACUACAUUGGCUAUGUUGUUUGCAUAGGGUAUGGGACCGUUCCUUCCUUCUCCAGACCUCUCUUGGAAGCCAAACGUGCUGAUGUCAUAUGUAGCCCACCUGGAGGGUAUCUCAACCACACCAUAGACACGCCCGGUAAUUCUACGUCCCCUGACCCAAGCAUUAUCACUACUGCAGCCCCAGUCCCCACAAAUGCACUCAAUGGAUCUACCGCAGAGUGUGGAAAGUGGUACACUGUAAGUUCAUUGCGCCAACAUUAUAGCAUACCUAUCCAAUAG